AUGCACGUCCUUUCCACCCUCGGCUUGUCCCUGUUGGUCAGCGUUGCUGCUGGAUGGCAACUACAGGAAGACUAUGGCAAUGAUAGCUCGUUCUUCGACAAGUUCACUUUCUUCACUGAUGAGGACCCCACCCACGGUUUUGUUACAUACGUCGAUCAAAGCACCGCCACCAGUGCCGGCUUGAUUAGUGCCAAUGAUGGUACUGUCCACAUUGGUGUUGACAGCACCAACUCAAUCGACCCUAACGGAGCGGGUCGCCAAAGUGUUCGCAUAUCGAGUACGGCGACAUACAGCGUAGGAACCCUAAGUUAUUCUCGAUUUGGCACAUAUGCCCGGGACUGCGUGUGGAAGCUGGCCUGCCUUCCCUGGCCUGCAGAGGGUGAAAUUGACAUCAUCGAGUAUGUCAAUACCAACCAGCAGAAUCAGAUGACACUCCACACCAGCCCCGGUUGCUCUAUCACCAACUAUGGCAGCGGUACGUCCGCUGGUUCUACCGACUGCGAAGGCAGUAAUGGCUGUGGUGUCAUAGAUACCGACCCCAACUCCCUUGGAAGUGGCUUCAACAACGCCGGUGGCGGUGUUUAUGCCACCCAGUGGGCCGCCGAUUCAAUCAGCAUCUGGUUCUUCCCUAGGAACAGCAUUACUUCCGACAUCACCAAUGGGACACCUGACCCCACCCAAUGGGGUACCCCGGUUGCUUCUUUUGGUGGCUCUAGCUGUAAUUUUUCCACCGCAUUCGCGAAUAUGCAGAUCGUGUUUGAUAUCACCUUCUGCGGUGACUGGGCCGGGUCCUCCGGGUCCUACCAAUGCGGCGGAGGCGCCACUUGCCAACAAUACGUCGCCGACACCCCCAGUGCCUAUUCUGACAGCUACUGGGGUAUCAACUCUCUCAAGGUUUAUACCGGCACCGGCUCCCAGAAGCGUGCCGAGGUUCCCAAAGUGAACCACGCGCACGCAGCUGAGCACAUCAACCGUCGCUCUAACCAUCACGCUCGCCCGGGCCCUCGCCCGAACCUGAAGAGCCGCCGCGAUACCAUGGCUGGCCUGUAA